AAGGUAUUAACUCUUCUAUGUCUCUCUUUCUACAAUUACUCUUUGAGAGCAUUUCUCUCUAGAACAUCGAGUAUUGCUGACUUGAGUGUCGGAGUGUUUUCCCCGAUAAAACACCCUCGAGAUUUUCAGGUGUAGAAGCAACUAAGGACUUCAACAAUGUUCGACUACGAAACUACCCAAACAUUUGGCGCCGUCUGUGGGAACCAAGCAAGAAGUUGUGUAGCUUAACCUGCUGAGAGACAAAAUGGUUUGUACUUUUACUAGAAGUCGUCUUCCGAGAAAUGAAAUGGACAAACAGGAGGACACUCAGCUAUCCGAGCUCAGUUUGAAUGAUUUUAGACCAAUGUCGAGAAAUUUUUUUGUUGAAGGAGUAGAACAGGAACAGCUAAGUGAAACAGAUGAUGAUGAUGAAAGAACACCAACUAGGUAUGCAACCCAGCCUGAACAAUUCCAAAUUCCAACAAGAAUGAGGCAAAAACAUCCCAGACCAUACAAUUCACAACAUGAACGACUUGAAAGGCCGACCGAGCCUGCUCGGACAACCGAGCUUGCUCGGACAACCGAGCUCGAAGAGAGAACCAGAGUUCUUGAAAUGGCAAUGGGCAAAAUCCUUGCCCAUUUGAUCCCAGAUAACCCCUUAAUUCCUCUAUUGAAUAGGGAUGCGCAACCAGCUGCGGUUGUUGCAACUCGAAACUCCCUCACUCUGAGCAAUAUAGUAGUACCGACCAAACCGAGGGGAAGUGGGAAGUUAAUUAACGAGCCUAGCUCGUCCAAACAUAGUGAAGAACUGAUAAGGAAAAAUGCAAACCUUGAAAGUGCCCCACUAAACCUAUCCAUCACAGCAGAACCGUAUCAAGAGAGAUUCAAAAUCUCCCACCUAGAGACAUAUGAUGGCUCGAGCGACCCAGAUGAGCAUCGCACACUUAUCAGGCCAUCAUGAGAAUCCAAAAUGCCAAUGAUGCCAAUGUGCAAAGUGUUUCCAGCGACACUGAGUCAACGGCCAGGCGAUGGUAUCAUAAACUCCCUAGACACUCUAUAAAUUCCUACUCCCAGC